CAGCAGAGGCACAGAAGGAGACUGCGAGAGAAGCAGGGAAUUACACACACAAAACACAGCAGAACCAGAACUCCCUCCCCUGGACACACCCUGCUGAGGAUCACUGCUUCUCUUUUUUUUCCUUUCUUCCUCCUCCUCCACUCUGAAUCCAUCACCCACGCCACUCGGAGAGAGAACGCUCUCCCUCAUCAUCAUCGUCCUCAUCACCACCGCCGCCAUCCAGCAGAAAAGCCCCCUUUUCUCCUCCUUUUUUUCACCCUGUAGAGGACACCUACAACCCCACAGGGCUGAGAUCCCCUGAAGAAGACUCUGUUUUUUUUUCCUUUUUUUAUUUUUUUUACAUUUUUUUUCCAGUGGGACUCCAAGGCAAAGGGCCGUACUAUCAUUAUUAUUGUAAGAACUACAAUAAUUAUAAUAAUCCAGAAAGGCCGAAGAGCACAGACGCCGUCCGAGCUUCAACACCAGUGCAAAGGAGGACCUAGAUUUUCUUGAAUUGUACGUCAAGAAUGGUUACUCAGAUAAUCAGCACCAUGGAAACCCAGGUGUCCAACGGUCCCAGCGGAACCAGUAUGCCAAACGGUCCAGUCAUCAGCACCAACGGCUCCACGGACGACAGCAAGACCAACCUGAUCGUCAACUACCUGCCGCAGAACAUGACCCAGGAGGAGUUCAAGAGUUUGUUCGGCAGCAUCGGCGAGAUCGAGUCCUGCAAACUGGUGCGAGACAAGAUAACAGGUCAGAGUUUGGGAUACGGGUUUGUAAACUAUGUGGAUCCAAAUGAUGCGGACAAGGCCAUCAACACACUCAACGGUCUCAAACUACAGACUAAAACAAUCAAGGUAUCUUACGCUCGACCAAGCUCAGCGUCCAUUCGUGACGCCAACCUUUAUGUUAGUGGACUCCCCAAGACCAUGAGCCAGAAAGACAUGGAGCAGCUGUUCUCCCAAUACGGCCGCAUCAUCACAUCCCGCAUCCUAGUGGACCAGGUCACAGCAGGCAUAUCACGAGGAGUGGGCUUCAUCCGGUUUGACAAGCGCAACGAGGCGGAGGAGGCCAUCAAAGGUCUGAACGGACAGAAGCCUCUGGGCGCCGCCGAGCCAAUCACUGUCAAGUUCGCAAACAACCCCAGCCAGAAGACGGGCCAGGCCUUACUGACUCAGCUGUACCAGACUGCUGCGCGCCGCUACACGGGGCCCCUGCACCACCAGACUCAGCGUUUCAGCGUGAUCCCUUCACUCGGAAAGGGACCAGAUCCAAAUAACAGCUCAAAACCAAUACUCGACAAUUUACUAAACGCCAGCUACGGAGUCAAGAGUUCUCCUGCUCUCUUCCCCAGAUUCUCGCCCAUCACCAUCGACAGCAUGACCAGCCUGGCCGGGGUCAACCUCACCGGUCCCACCGGUGCCGGCUGGUGCAUCUUUGUGUACAACCUGUCCCCCGAGGCGGACGAGAGUGUCCUGUGGCAGCUCUUUGGGCCCUUCGGCGCCGUCACCAACGUCAAGGUCAUCCGUGACUUCACCACCAACAAAUGUAAGGGCUUUGGCUUCGUCACCAUGACCAACUACGACGAGGCCGCCAUGGCCAUUGCCAGCCUUAACGGCUACCGCCUGGGUGAUCGCGUGCUGCAGGUUUCUUUCAAAACCAGCAAGCAGCACAAGGCCUGAGGGAGAGAGAGCGUGCGGCCGCUGGCACCAGCUCCUUCGACCUGCAGGGGGAGCCACCUGAGCUCCCUGUGCCAUCAACUCUACAUGCGCCUGGACUGAGUCUCUCUCUGACACAUUCUCACACAAAUUCAUAAUAUAUUAUUGCAAACACAGACAUACAGAUAAUCACACACAUAUCCAGACAUGAGCAUAGAUACACACACGUCAGAGUUUCAAACAAAAACACACUAGUGGAGUUUUUCUUUUCUCUUUACACAACAUGCUAGUCCUUCCCAAUAUAUUUGCCUGGAUUGAAUUAGAAAAGGGUACGUAGCCGGUUUGUUGGGUCGGGGGCGAGCGCUAUCUAUUUAGGAAGACAGUCUAACGAAUGUGACAGAGAAUGUGUACGGAGUGCUUUGAUUGAAUUCAGGCAAAUAAUGACAACCGAUGAACAAAAGAAAGCGAUCAAAAAAAUUUUAAAUGAACGAAUAUGUGCAAUUUAACCCAAACUCUUACCCCCCCCCCCCCCCCCCCCCACCCCACCAUCUCUCCCACUAUCCUGCUGGAGAGGAUGUCGUCACUUUUUUUACACUUGGGCAUUUUGAAUCAGCGAUUUUUUUAGAUCAAAGAAAAAUGAAAUUAAAAAACAGUGUUCUCUUAUAUACGUCUAUCAAAAAUAUAACUAUAUAUUCAAUAUUUAAGGUGGUUAUAAUAGCCGAGUAUGUAAGCAUUUUCUAGAAACUUUGACUACUGUUUCCUGACCUGCAUUAGGUGGUGCCUAGCGUUCAAAAAAAGAAAAAAGAAAAAGGCAGUUUCUCUACCCCUUUGAUUAAGGAUAACAGUAAUUAAUAUGGUCACCGGUCACAGAGAAGAGUCGUCCAAAGGCCAUGAGAAUCACGCUCUCCCUCACAGUCUCACACAAUCGUCACUUGCGUAUCACAGAAAACACAGUUGAGUAACUAGAAAAUACACGCGUUUAGUCCACAGACACACACACACACACAAAAAGGAUACUCUCAAGACGGACUCAACACAGGCAGACUGUCGGCGAACAAAGGCAGUACAUACUUGCAUGGCGACGGUGUUCAUUAGUGAUUCUCUCGUGGGCAAGAGAGCGACGAACUCGAGAGGCAAACAGUUUCACCACAACACAACCACGUUACAGGGGAAAAUACCGGUGUCUUUUCACUUUUUGCAUCAUUUAAAAAAUUAAAAAAUGAAUAUUGCACCUUUACUGUGA